AGGAACUGCAAAACGAUUUAGACCGGGAAACCAGCAGCUUGCAAGAACUGGAGGCUCAAAAGCAGGAUGCUCAAGAUCGACUGGAUGAGAUGGAUCAACAAAAGGCAAAGCUAAAAGAUAUGUUAAAUGACGUAAGGCAAAAAUGCCAGGAGGAGUCACAAGUGAUCACAUCAUUAAAAAUGCAGAUUCAGUCCCAGGAAUCAGAUCUAAAGUCCCAAGAAGAUGACAUCAGUAGAGCAAAAACCGAGUUGAAUCGGCUUCAGCAGGAAGAGACCCAGUUGGAGCAGAGCAUCCAGGCUGGGAAAGUACAACUGGAAACAAUAAUCAAAUCUUUAAAAUCCACUCAGGAAGAAAUUAACCAGCCAAACCUCUUUGAGAACAGUGACCCUUUCCUAACUCUGAGCAUGUCUUCUUCGAAAGGGCCAGCCUCCGGCUUCUGAUCCAUUCUCCUCUUUUGGAGGAGCUGGAUUCUCUGAUGAUCCUUUUAAGACUAAAGCAGACACUCCUGCCCUCCCGCCGAAGAAAAAUAUGCCUCCCAGGCCUGAGCCACCCAGUGGUAAAAGUCCUCCUGUAAGCCAAGUCGGGUCUUCCGAUUUUGCCAAGCCCCCCGAUCCAUUUCAGCCAUUCGGGGCUGACAACAGUGACCCGUUUCAGAGUAAAAAGGGGUUUGGGGACCUAUUUAGUGGAAGAGUCCCGUUUGCUCCUUCCUCUUCAAGUAAACCUCCUAAAGACUCUUCCCGGGGGUUUGCUGACUUCAGCUCUCUUGGCAAUGAGGAGCAGCAGUUGGCGUGGGCCAAACGGGAGAGUGAGAAGGCAGAGCAGGAAAGGCUGGCGCGAUUGCGAAGACAAGAGCAGGAAGACCUGGAGUUGGCCAUUGCACUCAGUAAGGCCGACAUGCCGACUUCUUAAAAGGCAAGGGUGGCCAUCAAGCAGACCUAUUUCCUGGUACCUGUUCUAGAUCCCUGAUGCCCUUGGGCCAUUUUCCUUUCCUUUCCUCCCCUCCCCCCCACCCGUCCCGUUUUUAUUUCAUGACUUCCAGCUACCUGCGGGGCUGACCGUCGAGGAGCAAACUGCAUUUGAUGGGCUUGGCUUCACGGCGGCAGUCUUUUUGUUUCAUUUUGUUUUUAAAUUAAGUUAGACUUUCUAGGCUGAAAAUGUUGCUUGCAAGAGAACUUGCAUCGGCCCCAUCCCACUGACUGCCAGAUUUUGCUGCGCUGCGGAAAACAGUAGCAAUUAACGGAGCUGCCUCUCGAAACUUCAUCUUUUUUUUUGCCGAGGGGCAGCGCAGUCACCGAAGUUGCCACUCACCUCUGGGUUCAAGGAGAAGUGUGACCUUCAUAAAGAGAUUGAUGGUUUUUAUUCUGUAAUUAAGUCUCUUUUAAUUUUCUUCUGUUGGUCAGUGGCCUGAAAUACAACUCGUCAUCAGAGUUC